CAGCGGAACCACUCCGCGUGGCCCCUGCCGCAUUAGCGGAGGGACCACCCUGCCAGACAACAUCUCGAUCCCCAAGUUAAGCCUCACGUCAAGCCUCGCCACAAACCACAACAUCGCACCUGUCUCGGUCUGCAGACUUGGCUGCUCCGACCGCAGAUCCUCCGUAUAUAUAAUAUAAUAUCAUAUCACACAUCGUCGUGCAUAUUACUCCCCGCCGCAGCGAAUUUCCGCCUCCCAUGCCAGCCAGAUGAACUCGAUUGCCGCCGACUUCCUCACGAACCUUUUGGCGAGCGAGUCGUUCCGGAUUUGGGGGAAAGAGAGCGGGGUGGUUACGGAUGAACAUGUGGAUAUAUUUGCGGAUGGACGGACGUCUGUGAUGGGAGAAAGCGCACAGGAAGAAGAGAGGGCUGGGGGAGGUGGGGAGGGACAAGGGGAGCAAGGGGCAGAUGGGGUGACACAGGUUCAGGGAGGUCAAGAGGGCAUACUCGAAGAUGAGGGCGGGGGAGAGGCUUUGACUGGACGUCAAUCUGAGUCUAGAUCACCUGUUCAAGAAGAAGGCGCUGAGAAUGCUGUACAACCACAAAGCGGCCUCGAAAGCGACCCAGUUCCGAGCAGGUCGGAAACGGAACUGCCCAUUCGGCAGCCAACUGGGACACCGGCAACUGGGGAUGACAACCCCGAACCUACAACACCAGACAGGGCCCAGAGCUCCCCAACGCCGCCUAUAAGCCCGUCAGACCCCCAGGCCGAAAGCUCUACACAAGGGAGCUCUGCUGCCCCGACCAGGCAGGCCAGUGAGCAGCCGCCAAUAAACCCGUCAGACCCCCAGGCCGAAAGAUCUACACAAGCAGAGUCUGCUGCCCGGGCUGAAGAUGCCAGUGAGAAGCCGCCUACCGCAUUGCCAGAAGAUGAUGGCAUGCGCGCACUACGGGAGAGGGUUCUCCACAUACAAGUACAAGAUAUUCCUACGGAUGAGAAGGCGCGGCUGAUGCAUGAGCUCCUGACGGAAGGAUAUAUCAAGUCUCAAGUCGGCCAGGAGAAGUCGUCUACGGUACCGCCUUCGCCAGUUACGGUAGUGAGCCAGGAGCGGCCAACGACCCCCACAUCGACAAGCUCUUUUAGCUUCUGGCCUGGGAAGGACAAUUCUCAUUCUCCUGAAAAGGGAGAUACUGUUACAUUCCAUUUGACACAGGAUGACCUUAAACCAACAUAUGCGCCUCUGCCCCCUCCAGUCGAAGGAGCUUCCGAUGGCAGCGACGAUGUAGAGCAAGCUCAAGUAUUUGGCUGUCAGCAUUACAAACGGAAUGUCAAGCUUCAGUGCUUCACAUGCAACAAAUGGUAUACGUGUAGGCUCUGCCAUGAUGCAGCUGAGAACCAUACGUUACCACGGAGGGAGACCAAAAACAUGCUUUGCAUGAUCUGUGGGACCACCCAGCGAGCAGCUGAAAUAUGCACUCACUGCACAGGCCGCGCCGCGAACUACUACUGUGACAUUUGCCAUCUUUGGGAAGAUGAUCCGAACAGGAGUAUUUAUCAUUGUAAUGACUGCGGGAUCUGUAGAGUCGGUGUGGGGCUCGGGAAGGACUUCUUCCAUUGCAAGACGUGCGGCCUCUGCAUGAACAUCUCAAUGGAAAUGUCCCAUAAAUGCAUUGAGCGGUCCAGCGAUUGCGACUGCCCCAUCUGCCACGAGUAUAUGUUCACAUCUCCGCAGACUGUGGUGUUCAUGAAAUGCGGACAUACCAUCCACAAGCACUGCUACCAUGCACAUCUGGAGAAUUCGUAUAAGUGUCCAAUCUGCCAGCAGACGAUCGUGAAUAUGGAGACUCAGUUCCGCACCCUUGAUAGGGCCAUCGAAGUGCAGCCCAUGCCGGAGCAGUUCCAGGAUACGAAAGCUAUGAUCACUUGUAAUGAUUGCAGAGCCAAGAGCGCGGUGCCGUAUCAUUGGCUAGGACUCAAGUGCGCAGUUUGCGACAGCUACAACACAAUACAGCUGAAUAUUAUCAAUGACGAGGUAUUGGCACCGCCUGCCGAGGCAGCGGGACAUGGGGAUACUGCUGCAGAGGGUGCGACGGCGGAGAUGGCUAUACCAGUACCAAGAUCGAGGAGGCACUCAUUGAGUGCUGAGCAGACCCUGGCUCCGAGGGAUUAUAGUUCUGGGCUAGCUCCAGACGUACCGUCGAGGAUUGGCAGGUCGAUGUCGCCUGUGCGGGGGAGGUACUUCACCCAGGGAGAACCUCCAGCGGCAGAUGAUGCUGAGGUUUGGGAUGAUGAGGAUACGGAUUUUUGGGGACGGACACCGCAGGACCUCGCGGUGGACGGGGACGAGGAAGAGGAAGAGGAAGAGGAAGAUGAUGAGGAUGACUUGGACCUGUCUUUGGAAGAAGAAGAAGAAGAUGAUGAUGAUGAUGAUGAUAUUGAUACGAUGGAGUUAUUUGGGCAUCGCUAGCAGGAAGCUACGGGCAUAGAUGGUUUUGGCGUUACGAUUCGCGUAGGGUCGUUGGGAUGCAUAUGGCAUGACUAUCCAUUGGGUGAAGGCCGAGAGGGCGCAAGAGGAUCGAGAUUAAACGAGACCACCAUUCCGAGUCUCCUCUGGACAGGACCGCAUGUAACAAUAUAAUGAGCGGCAGCAGAAAUAUCAAAUAUCCAAAUUACUAC